AAAAAUGACCAUUUUCAAGAAUUACUUUGAUCGAUGGGCCAUUCAAGGUCUAUUAACUUCGGGCCAUUUAUUUUGAAAUGGGCAGCACAUAUUUUUUUCCCUUCCAAAGAAUCUAGUGACAAGUCAACAACAUGGUAGUCAAACAAAGAUGAUUUUCAGAUCUUGCAACGAAUUUUGCAGAAAAUUGAUAUAAAAAAACCCUAAAAUAUGUUUAGAAUUUCUUCUUCUUUGCAUGUUCCACCAAUUGGUGUCAAUUUCCUUUUCCCUUUCUUGAAAAAUCCAACUUGUAGCAAUAAAGUUUCAUCCUUUACUCGUUUAGCUUUACUUCACUCAAGUACCCUUUUGCCUAAUUCGGGUAAUAUACAGUUUCCCAGCUGUAAAAGGGUGUUAACAAUGGUGGGUGGCAGUCCUUCUUGUUUGAGGGGUAUUUCAGCUUCAUAUAGUGUUGGGACUAGUCCUGGAGGUAGUUCUGCAGGCGGUCGGGAGAUAUUGGUACAGCAUUUACUUGUCAGAGAAGAACUUCUACCGGGGCUUCAGAAAAGAGCUGCAGAAGGAGAGGAUUUAAGUGAUCUGGCUGUUGAGUAUUCUAUGUGUCCAUCAUCAAAAGAUGGGGGAAUGCUUGGCUGGGUGAAAAAAGGGCAACUGCUGCCAGAAUUUGAAGAAGCUGCGUUUAGUGCACCUCUGAAUAAGGUUGUAAAGUGCAAAACUGACAUUGGGUGGCAUUUGUUGCAAGUUCUAUCUGAAAGGGAGGAAUCUGUACUUGAACACAUCCAACCGAGUGAGAUUCAUGUGAAGUUGCAAGAUCCCUCAUUCCUGGAGGAGGCUCAAUUGAUUGAUGUUCGAGAACCAGAUGAAGU